UAUAUAUAUAUAUAUAGAGAGAGAGAGAGAGAGAGAGAGAGUAGACGUUUUAGUGCAAUGUUUCCUAACCAUUUUCAGAAAAAGCACACAGUUGGGUUUAAGUGUCCCACGGGAUCGAACUGCCGCCACGUUUGGAGAUGCGCCAUCGAGCAAAUGUUAUUUUUCACAUUACCUAGGGCAUCGGAUGCACCGGUUGUAAGCGGUGGAUCUAUCUUUUCCUGGGGUACAAAAUUUAAAUAUACUGGUAGAACAGAAAAAGAGGUAUUAGAAGAAACGGGUCCACUUCGGAAAGAAGAACCACCUAUACAGCGAUGUCAAACUACGUGUCUUAGAAGAAAAGCUAGUAGUGUGCCAGCAACCCCUAGUACUCCUAGUCAAGAUCUUGUUGAAAUAAGUUAGUAUCUUUUCUUUAUAUCUACACAUAGUUAAUAU